CUCCAGGUCAGCUACACGUUAGCAGUAAGAGGCUUGUUGUAGUCCGUGAGCUUUGUUUUCGGAAUUUAUUCUUCCUCCUGGUACGGCCAUGGAGUCUAGCGAUGCAGGGCGAGGGGGAUGGAAGUCCAAGCCUGGACAGCCACAGAAAAAUAAGAUGAACAUGAAUAUUCUCCGUCAAGAGAAGCUCAUAGCUCAGAAGAAGAAGGAGAUUGAGGCCAGAAUGGCAGAGCAAGCCAAAAUGAAUGUGCAAACCACUAGCAAGCCCCAGCCUCCAAGUUCUCCCAGUCCUCAAGGAGCCUCCUCAAACAAGUUUGCAAAUGAUGGAAGUUUCUUACAGCAGUUCAUGAAGAUGCAGAAGGAGAAAUCCAACAAUGUGCCAGGUUCCACUGGUGAUACCAGAUCUCCUUCAACCCCAACUUCAUUGCCAGGAGGAAACGCACUUCAGAAAAAGAGCAUUCUUGUUGGCAAGCGGCCUGGCCUUGGAGUCAGUAGCAUGCUUAGUCAGUUUAAGAGCUACUCACAGGCCAAAAAGAGUCCUGUUCUCAGCCAGAGGCCGAGUGUGUUUUGUUCUCCAGAUGGUGAAGAUGAGGAAGAAGAUGCCGAUUACUCCAGAUUCUUAGAGAUGAAAGUCUCUCCCCCAGAGGAUUCAGACACCAGACUCAUUAUCGACAAGAUGGCCUCUUUUGUGGCAGAGGGAGGACCUGAGCUGGAGAGAAAGGCCAAGGAGGACUACAAGGACAAUCCUGUUUUCUCAUUUUUAUAUGAUAAGAGCACUAUGGAGUAUCUCUACUACAAAAAAAGAGUUGCAGAAUUGAGAAAGGAUUUGCUAAGACCUGAGAAUUCAUCAGAUAAUGUCUCCCCCCCAGUGGACGCGGAAACCCAGCAGGUGGCUGAGAAGCUGGCCAGGUUUGUGGUGGAGGGUGGCCCUGAGGUGGAAGCCAUCGCUGCUGAGCGCAACCGGGGCAACCCUGCCUUCAGUUUUUUAUAUGAUCACCAAAGUCCAGCCUACCGCUUCUACAAACAGAAAGUACAGGAGUAUCGUGCUGUAACCUCCCAGAGCUCUUCGCCUCCUGCAGCAGAGUCGAGGACAGACGUUCAGCGACCAACUGCUCCGCCAUUACAAGGAAUCCCCCCACCCCUGAACCCCCCAGCAUCUCUACCUCAUGUUCAGGAGUCAGACACCCCACCUGUCAAACGGAAGAGGAAGAGCAGAUGGGGGUCUGAAGAUGACAAAGUCGAGUUGCCCGUUCCUCCUGUCGUCGUUCCUCCCGAGAUAAAUAUUUCAGACCCUAACACACCCUCUCUCUCUGCCCAGGAGCUGAGAGGUCUUGGUUAUAAGAAGGGGAAACCUCUUGGUCUGGUUGGAGUGACAGAACUAUCUGAGGACCAGAAAAGACAACUCAAAGAACAACAAGAGAUGCAAGAGAUGUAUGACAUGAUCAUGAAGCACAAGCGUGCAAUGGCAGAGAUGCAGGUGAUGUGGGAAAAGGCCAUGAGAGAACACCAACAUGAAUAUGACAGUGAUGAAGAAAUGGACGAGCAAGCAGGCACGUGGGAGCAUCGUCUCCGAAAGAUGGAAAUGGAGAAGACACGUGAGUGGGCAGAAUCUCUGACAGAAAUGGGUAAAGGGAAACACUUUAUCGGGGAUUUCCUUCCUCCUGAGGAGCUGGAGAAGUUCAUGGAGACCUUCAAGGCACUCAAGGAAGGCCGGGAUCCAGACUACUCAGAAUACAAAGAAUUUAAGUUGACGGUGGAGAACCUUGGUUUCCGAAUGCUCAUGAAGAUGGGCUGGAAGGAAGGUGAAGGUCUCGGCAGUGACGGACAGGGAAUCAAGGCUCCCGUCAACAAGGGAACUACACCUGUGAACGGAGCAGGGUUAGGAAUCGACCGUCCAGCUGAGCUCACAAAAAGUGACGACGAAUAUGAUGCUUUUAGAAAGAGGAUGAUGCUUGCUUACCGCUUCAGGCCAAAUCCACUGAAUAAUCCACGGAGACCAUAUUACUGAUGCAGAGGACUGUUUUUGUUUAUACUUGGUCUUGUUUGUUAUAAAUUAAAAGCUGGUUUCGGGAGUUGCCACAGCUCUGUGAAGUUGUGAAAUGGACACCGUUGCAGAGUAGAAAUUUUGAAAUUUGAAGUGUGUGUGUGCAAGGGUAGUGAAGUUGGAAAAUAGUAGAAACAUUGUUAAAUCCAUUACAUAUGAGGUUUAAUUUGGUUAAAAACACAGAACUGAUUUCUUUAAAUAUUUUAUCGCCUGUCUUGUUACAUUUCAGUUUAAUUCUGUAACAACUUUAAAUAUGUAAUGACAUUGCCUGACUUCCGUAUUAAUUUCAUUAUUUUGUGUAACCAUUUGGUUCCCUUUCAAAGCUUGACUUGACUUUGCAUUCAAACUAAAUAACAGGUCUGUAUUAGUACAUGACCUCCUGUAUAAUUACACUGAGUAAUUUUCCUCACUGUGCUAUAUUUUUGCUUCCUUUCAUUAAAUGCUACAGAGUUCACAAUAAAAAAAAAACAUGGCCACUUA